AGAGAGAGAGAGAGAGAGAGAGAGAGAGAGAGAGAGAGAGAGAGAGAGAGAUAUGCAAGUUGGAAUAUAUCCUCAAGCUGAAAGCCUUUUUCCCAAUUAUGUACGACUAAGGAUCACAUCCAUGGCAUCGCGUUACCAAGCCCGGUUGCAAUGGUGGUUCUUCUUGUUGUUUCCUGUUCUUGCGCUGCUGCUCAAUGUCCAUGUCCAGGCCGAAAACCACAUUAACAACCCUACUAUACUAAUGCAUCCCAAGCACCAUAAACCCGCUUUCAAGCCAGGCCCUUGGAAGAAUGCUCAUGCUACCUUCUAUGGAGAACCUGAUGGCUCUGGAACAACACAAGGAGCAUGUGGCUACGAAGAUGUCGAAAAGGAAGGAUAUGGCUUGCAAACUGCCGCGUUGAGCCAAGCACUUUUCAACAACGGACAAACCUGCGGGGCUUGCUACGAAAUAAAAUGCGUGAAUGAUAACCAGUGGUGCGCGCUGGGACAACCGUCUCUCUUUGUCACGGCCACCAAUCUCUGCCCACCAAACUACUACCAAUCAAGUGACAACGGAGGGUGGUGCAACCCACCUCGCGAGCAUUUCGACUUGUCUCAACCUGCUUUUCUCCAGAUUGCAGCAUACAAGUCUGGCAUUGUUCCAGUUCAAUAUCGAAGGGUUCCAUGCAAGAAGGAAGGGGGAAUUCGAUUCACUAUAAGCGGGAAUCCUUAUUUCGUUAUGGUCUUGGUAUGGAACGUCGGAGGAGCAGGGGAUAUCACAAGCAUGAUGGUGAAGGGAAGUAACAAGGUGAAAUGGACUCCAAUGCAGCGCAACUGGGGCCAGAAGUGGCAAACCAACGCCCAGUUAGUAGGCGAGUCGUUGACAUUUCGAGUCAGAGCAAGUGAUGGAAGAACCUCAACUUCCUGGCAUGUCGCCCCAAAGAACUGGCAAUUCGGCCAGACAUUCGAAGGCAAGAACUUCAAGUAGAAGAUAUAGAUGCCGCAUAAUCAACACAUGCCUAGGGUGAAAAAAAUAAAUGAAAAUUUCAUCUCCUAGAUAGGAUUCCAUAUCCUGAAGGCAUUAGACUCUGUUUAGUUACAGUUUUCAGAAUGAGUCUUUAUAUAAGACCUUCUAAAAACUUGUUGGGUUGACCAAACUAUAUUUUGUAAUCAAUCUUUUAUUGUAUAAGGGUACUUCACAGAUCAGUGUUGGAGGCCAA